GCGCGUCCUAUUACAUUAUGCUUAAAGUUUACUUAACGGUAAGCAAGUAUGUUUUGUUUGACGUACGUAUUAUUUUGGUACCAUCACAAAAGAGCUGCCAUAUAAAAGAAAUCAAUUUUCCCUCUUUUGUAAGUCGUCUAUUAGAACAUUUAAGCACACAGAAUUAAAUUACGUUGCGAUACUCGCGGCUCGCUCCCCGGGAAUUCCCGCCAACAACACUGAAACAUCGGUACUUAAAAGUCUACUCUUAUAUCGGGUAUUGAAAUGUAGCGAGCUUAUAGACGCUAUAUAUGUUUGGCAAAAGAAAGUAGAAAGUCUGCGAUGUUACGCUGAAACUCGACGCGACCAUUCGUAACUUUAGUUAGUUUUUAGAGACAUGCAUGUCCAAUAUAUAUAUAUAUUAUUCGAAUUUACUUUUACUUUCGUAUAGGCCUGUAUACCAAAUGUUGUUUCAACUUCAAAUGUCAAUGAUUAAUUAGUAAACUUUUAUUAAAAAUGUUCCGGCAUCAAGCCAGUACCAGUGGUACUGUGGAUUAUAGCAGCGGCGCUAACAGUUCGCUUGAUCGCGGUACCAGUAACCGAGGGACCAGGGGUCGCAGUAACAGUGGUUGGGGUUUUGGAACUAGUAGUCGUGAAAAUAGAAUUUGGAGGAACGGUGGUUCUGAGACUGGCGGCCAUGGCAACGGUGGUUGGGGUAGUAGUGGUUUUGGAUCUAGGGGUCGUCGAAAUAGUGGUUGGGGUAAUAGUGGUCGUGAUACCAGUGGUUCGAGCUUUGGAAUUGGUGGAGGAUCGGUAAGACAACGCUCUACUCAAGACGUUUAUACAAACGCUACGAGUUCCAGAAGAAGCAAGUCUGCAGGAGCAGACACUUUUACAAAGACUGACAAUUUGGGAAAUCUUUUCAAACGACUAAGACACAUUAUACAAAAUGAUGAUAUCACUCCUAGACAAGCUGCCAUUGCAUUGUCAACGCAGAAAUCUGGGUUUACUAAUUGUUUUAAAUUGGAGUUAAUGGACAAGGGUAUGACAGAAAUAAUGCUUUAUGCUUGUGGCAAAAUAGCUCAAGCAGAUGGUCAACGUCAAUUUCUUCUAAAAACUCUAAUGGCUAUUAUCAAAAGUGGGUUUUGCAACAAGGUUUUCGUUUUGAUUAGUGGGCACUCAACAGCAAGUUGCCCACCCGAUCCCGAAAAAGUAGCCAGACAAGUAUCAUGUUGCUUGCACCUGAUGUCUUUGUGUCUUGAUCUUAUACCACGGGAUUCGGCAACAAAGGUAUCUAUGUUAACUGUUGGUGUGAAGAAUUUGGUGGACACACUUGCUAUUGGAGACUUUAAAGAUAUUAAAGACCGAUUAGAAGAAGUGAUAAGACGUAAAGAUGAAGUAGUUAGUAACUUCACAGAAGAUCGAAAGGAAGGCAGAUAUAGUCCAAAUGAUGACAGACUACCUCCAGAUAAUUUUAGAUCUAUAUCUGUCUUUCCUACUCCAGAGGACAUCAGAAUGACAAGCAAACCAUUUCUAAGAAAAAAUCGGGUUGGUUCUCCGUAUGACAGUGUUGAUGACUAUCUUGAUGUUCAGUUUCGUUUGCUACGAGAAGACUUUGUUCGACCUUUGAGAGAAGGAAUUCAAAGUUAUCAUAAACUUGGUAAAGAUGCUACCCCAAAUCAGAUUUCUAACUUAAAUGACAUCAAGGUAUAUCAGAAUGUUCGAGUGAAGUUUCCAGUACCAUGUGAAACAGGCAUUCAAUAUCUGGUCAUUUUCGACGUUGAGAGGUUGCGGGGGGUAAAGUGGGACAACUCAAAGAGAUUUAUGUUAGGAAACCUUCUUUGCUUUUCUUCUGACAAUUUUAAGGAACACUUCUUGUUUGGGGUAGUUGCAAAAAGUGAUCCAGAGAAGUUAAAGCUAGGAAAGCUCAUGGUUGAAUUUGUAACACCUGACCAACCUGAUGAAGAAGAUGAGUUAGAUUGGAAUGAUAACGACAGUAUAGAAAACAGAGAUGUACAGUUGGUUGAUGUGUCAUUGGAAUACACUCUCAUUAAAACAGAUGCCCUUUUUGAACCAUACCGUCAUGUUCUUGCUGGAUUAAAAGAAACCUAUCAUCUUCCUUUGAAUCAAUACAUAGUCAACUGCUCCAAGGAAAUACAAUCCCCGAUGUAUUUGCACUAUUCCGAUUCUUAUUACACCUUUGAACCAUUAACGGAUGAAUCAUCACCAGAUAAAAUUUCUAUAUAUCAUAAACAAUUCUACGUAUACGGAAAUUCUGGUGUAAAUGUUUUGAAUUACUCACACUGGCCAACUGUUGACAAGUUGCACUUGGACGAGUCACAAAAGUUUGCCUUGCAAACUGCCAUUACAAAAGAGAUAGCCUUGAUACAAGGUCCUCCUGGAACUGGGAAGACUUACGUUGGGCUUAAAAUGAUGCAGUUACUGUUAGCCAACAAUUACAGUCCAAGCUACGUUGACAAGUCAGGGUUUCACGAAUCCUACAGACCUCCAACACUUGUUGUGUGUCUCACCAACCAUGCACUUGAUCAAUUCUUGGAAGGAAUAGCAAAGUUCCAUCCAAGUGGAAUUGUACGUGUGGGUGGCGGGUGCAAAACUGAAAGUCUUAAGCAAUAUAUGUUAAGUGAACUUAAGCGAUCACAUAGAAGAGGUGAUGGAUUUAGGGAUGUUAAAGGAGAUAUGGAAAGAACAAUACUACUCAUCCAAAAGAAUCAAAAUAUGUUGGAAGCAUCAAGUAGACGUGUUAUUAGUCUCACUACGUUGAAACCUGUGAUUCCACCACAUUUAUUUCAGCAAAUUGUUACCUUCUACCAACUAGGCCAAUUCAAAUCAAGUUGUGACAAUGCUUUGUUGGAUUGGUUAGGAUUUUCUAAUGUUCAAGACUUGACUUCUAUAAGCUACAUAGUUGAAGAAGUUUUACCUGUUUGGGCUCAACCAUUACUGGAUCAGAGGUUCCAUAUAAAUCAUAUCAAACAAGCAGUUGUUCAAACAGAGAGCCUAGAUAUUCCUUCUGUUGUCGCUUGGAUGACAAACAAUCCUUGGAAUAAUGUCCCAGUGAUUAUAUGUCCAGACAUAGUCUACAACUUUUUGGAAGACAUCAAUCCACCUGAAAGUGUUGAGCAUCUUUUAUGCAUCUAUAAUCAGAUUGAAGUAAAAGGCGCACUAUAUGUCCUUGCCCAUGAACAAAAUAAAACAUCCAUACCAGAAGAGGAAUUUUCAAAUCAUGUUGCAGAGUGGUUAAAGAUAAAACAAAGAGGGCCAAGAGCAGAUAUUUUGUCAAAAUCAAACAAACAAGCAAAAAGCAAAGCCCUAAACACUAAGUUAAACCAAACAAAAACAAUGUCCAUGUCUGAAAUGGAAGCAGUUGAAAAUAUUAUGAGCCUUACCGAAUCUGAAAGAUGGGAGUUGUACAGAUUAUGGGUUGACCUUUGGAAAACACCUUUUAAGAGAGAAAUUGAACAACACAUUGUUCACCUUAAUAAACAGGCUGCACAAUUAAAUGCAAUCCGUGAAGAAGAAAGUUUUGCAGUUUUAAGGGGAGCUGAUGUUAUUGGAAUGACAACCACUGGUGCUGCGAAGUACAGGUCUAUUAUAAACAGACUACCAGUUAAAGUGGUCAUUGUAGAAGAAGCAGCAGAAGUGCUGGAAGCUCACAUUGUAACAUCCAUGCCACAAAGUACAGAGCAUCUUAUUUUAAUUGGAGAUCAUCAGCAAUUAAAACCUUCACCCACAGUUUACGAACUUGGAACUAAAAUGAACUUGGACGUUUCUCUUUUUGAGAGAUUGAUUAAAAAUGGACUACCUUUUGCCCAACUGACUUGCCAGCAUCGCAUGAGACCUCGCAUAGCUGACCUCAUACGACCUCACAUUUAUAAAACACUAACUGAUCAUGAGGUAGUCAAGAAAUGUGAGGAUAUUCCUGGAGUUGAAAAUUACCUUUAUUUUAUAAGUCACGACAAAAUGGAGGAUAACGUUAUUGAUGGCAAAACUAAGAUGAAUCAACAUGAAGCAGAGUUCAUGGUAGCGCUUUGUAAAUACUUCCUCCUGCAUGAGUUUAAACCUGAGCAGAUUACAAUCUUAACUACUUAUACAGGCCAGGUGCUUGCGUUGAAGAACAUUAUUCGCUCAAGUGCAAAUGAACUAAAGAGGGUGUAUGUGACUGCUGUGGAUAAUUUUCAAGGAGAAGAAAAUGAUAUCAUCCUUCUUUCUCUUGUCAGGAGCAAUGAGCAGAAAAGCAUAGGUUUUCUUAAAAACCACAAUCGAGUGUGCGUGGCACUGUCUCGUGCAAAAAGAGGACUUUUCUGCAUUGGAAACUUACAGUUACUUCGAAGUGAAAGCAAAAUUUGGGAGUCAAUCGUAUCAGAUUUGGAAAGAGAUCAAUUAAUUGGACCUGCUUUAAAGCUGCAAUGCAAGAAUCACCCAAAAACCUGUGUGUUAGUAGAAUCCGCAAAGGACUUUCAGAAGUUCCCAGGAGGUGGUUGUGGUGUUCCAUGCAAUUACCGCUUAAAUUGUGGACAUGUUUGUACACGUACCUGCCACCCAGAUGAUUUUGACCACUCCAAGUUUGAAUGUAUAAAACCUUGCACAAAGUCAUGCCCUGAUUUGGACCACAAGUGUUUGAAACAAUGCUGGGAAGAUUGUAGCAUUUGUCCUGUAUUGGUGGACAAAACCAUGCCAGUUUGUCAGCAUAUCCAAACGAUGAAAUGUGGAAUUAAACCCAAACAGUUUGUUUGUAAGAUUCCAUGUCCAAACAAAUUGAGCUGUGGUCACCAAUGCUUGCUCUCAUGUGGCGAAGAAUGUAAACCAUGCCCAAUAAUGAUUAAAAAGAAAAUGCCGACAUGCGGUCACACACAAGAAAUGAAAUGCUUUAAAAGUACAUCCCAACAUAAUUGUCAAAUGCCAUGUGAAAAAACACAAAAAUGUGGUCAUGGAUGUCCCCAGUUAUGUUAUCUCAGAUGUUCUCCAUGCAUUGUAAAGAUUCAAAAGACAAUGCCUACAUGUGGCCAUGUACAAGAGAUGGAAUGCUCCUGUGAUCCUAAAUAUUUCCAAUGUCAGGAAAUAUGUGAUAAAACUCUUCCAUGUGGACACAAGUGCACGAAGAAAUGUUCGGAAUUAUGUUCUAAAUGUCCUGAGAAUGUUGUAAAGAAUCUUUCCUGUGGUCACAAGAAAAAUAUGCGAUGUAGUGAUGAUGUUGCAUCAGCCAAAUGUUAUUCGAAUUGUGAAAAAGUCUUGAAAUGUGGCCACCCAUGUCCUAGGAUGUGUUGGGAAAAAUGUUCUAAUAUCUGCUUUGUUGAUGUUUCAGUAAAACUUCCAGCUUGCGGCCAUGAACAAAAUGUGAAGUGUAUUGCAUCUGAAAAGCUAUAUAGUAUUCCAUGCAAACAAAAGUGUGAAGCAGUUCUUGACUGUGGACAUGCAUGUCCUGGUAACUGCACUGAUUGCCUUCGGGGUCGGGUACAUGUAAAAUGUAGCAAUAAAUGUGAAAAGAAACUCAAAUGUGGUCAUCCAUGUAGUGGUACUUGUUCUGUACCUUGUCCACCUUGUACAACAGAAUGUGAAAUAAAAUGUGUGCAUCAAAAAUGUGCCAACACGUGCAGCUCUCCAUGUAGGAAAUGCAGAUUUGCUUGUACAUGGAAAUGUCCGCAUUUUAAAUGCACAAGAUUGUGCAGUGAAGCAUGCAAUCGUCCCCCAUGCAAUGAACCAUGUCCAAAGAUUCUCAAAUGCAAACAUCCCUGUAUUGGGCUGUGUGGAGAACCAUGCCCGAAGUUGUGCAGAGUUUGCAACAAGAGGAGUGUGGAGAAAUCCAUAGGAAAUACAGAAAAUCCAGAAGAUGCAAAGUUUGUUGAGCUGCCUGGCUGUGGACACUUAUUUACAGUAAAAACAUUGGAUCAAAUUAUGGGGCUUGGCGGGCAUGGUAAUUUUAAUGAUAGCACAGUAAAGCAUUGCCCAAAAUGCAACACUGCUAUUACUACAUGCACUAGAUACGGACAACUACUGUCACUGGAGUGGAGGAAUGCAAAUCUCCUUGAGCCAUUGCUCACACCAAGAAAACAUGACUUGAUGGCGAUACAGAACAAAUAUUCAGAAACCGUGUCACAAAAUACAAUGCAUAAUGCUUAUACAAAAGAGGCAUUAAAUUUGGUGCAAAAAAUUUCUAAAACUCCAAUGACCAACUCUCAAUUAAACUUCUGUAACAUGAAACUCGCAAAUCUCUACAAGAUAAAUGAAUUGAAUAUUCGCACAGAGAAUUUAUUGAAGAAUAUAACAAGCUCUAAAUCUAUACCGACACAAAUUCAAGGCAUUGCUGUUGCGGUUAAUAUUCUUGGAAAAAGGCUCAUAAAUGAAAAGGAACAAUUUACAAAGCAACAAAUAAGAGAAUUUGACAAGGAAAUCAAACACUUAGAAAUCUUAAUACUUAUGCAUAGAAUGUAAUUAACAUACAUUUAAUUUAGUUACAGGCUAUUGAGAAAAAAUGUACUAAACUGUAAUCCACAUAUCUAUACAUCAAAUUUUUUUUUAACUGGCCUACCGUACUUCUGAUUUUUCAUUGAAACAAAAAUAUUGUAUGGAAAACCACCCAUCAAUUUUAUUUUAGUAUUAAACAUAAAUUUUCAUUUCAUAAAUUGUUGGUAUUGUAGCGUUUUCUUCUUUAGACCAAUUUUAGUAUUAAACAUAAAUUUUCAUUUCAUAAAUUGUUGGUAUUGUAGCGUUUUUAUCUUUAGACCAAAAGUAAGACCGCUCACGAACUCAACCACAAGCAACUGAUUUAAUUCUUAAGCUAUAAAUGCAACGUCACGCCCAUGCAAUUAACCAAUCAACAGCAGCACGCAAAAUACAGGAAUGUGCCUGUUGUGUUUUUGGGUUUGUAUUGAGACCCCAAAUUGUAGAGUGAAACGCUGGAAUAGCGAAUCAAAACUAAGGCGAGCACACGCGUAUAUAUAGGGCACUUAAUUGCGACAUAGCGACACAAAUUACUACAUAGCUACACAAUUAAUAAGAUUACCAAGAGAUUACAUAUUGAAUUUUUAUAACUAUGGUACAGGCGUACAGUAGAUUAGCGUGCAUGCCUCUAAUCGAGAGGUUAUCGGUUUAACUUAAGGCUAGUCGCUGCUACCAUUGUGGGAGUAUGUGUCCUUGGACAAGAGCAAGACACCCAUUAGCAGCAAUUGCUCCUAACCAGCGGUUACUAAUGAUUUGUCUAAAUUGUUAGGCAUAAAACCUAAAAAUUAAAAAAAAAAUUC